CAUUGCCGUGAGCCGCAAUCCUCAAAGACGGUUGAGUGCACGUUUGGUUACUAAAAUACUUCAAUGACGGAAUAUGAUUUUUAAUCAGGCUUUCUACAAAGAAUACCGAACAAGUUAUGUGUGUCAUGAAUAUUCAAAUAUGUUUUUAAUCUUUUGGAAUAUUGUUAGGAAUUGGAUAAUGACGCUAACAGAUGGGUUAUAUAUUUAAUAUGUGUACAAUUUCAUAUACCAGGCAAGUCCAUACUUUUGAAUGGUACCAUAAGUGGAUAUAGCAUUUGUUUUACGACCUUUGUGAGGAAAAACAAUAAGGAGCUUCACAAGAAGACAAUUAUUGAUUCCCAUAUUCUAUGACGCAUAGUUAUAUUUCUCCAUUUCUCGUAUGUGUUGAUAUUAUUUUAUACAGAAAAAAAUAACUUGGCAAAUAUUACGACAUUCUCCAGCCGGAAACUUAUUUGUUUCCGGCAGCUCGGUUGCUAUCCAACAACAAACUAGAAAUUUGAUCACAGAGCACUGCUUAUCGCACUACUCUCGGAAAUGGAAAGUAGUUUUUGAGACAUUUGUGAAAAUCCAAGCGUCUCACCCAAUCAAUCACAAUGGCAGAUGAGCCACCAAAGAAAGAUGGCAAGAAGAAGCUGACCAAGGCUGACAAGGAGAAGUUAAAGAGGGAGGAAGCUGACCGCAAGGCACAGGAAGAAGAGGAAGCACGGCUUCAAGCUGUAGAGGAAGAAAAGAAAAGGAAACAGCAGGAGAAGCUUGAGGCAGCGGAGAGGAAGAAAUUAGAAAAUGAGGAGAAGAAAGUUAGGAAGAUCCAGAUGGCAGAACUGGAGGAGAUUCUACAGGGAAACAGGAACAAUCUACAGAGACUGCAUGAUGACCGCAGGAAGAAGGCCAAGUGGGCGAGGUACAUGAGAUGUGAUGGAUCGCCAGACCCCACCAUCCCGGGGGAGAUCAACACCUACAUCAAUCUCAGGCUGGAGGAGACAACUCGCACACUCCCAAAACUCGUACUGAAGGAUAUAGAACUAGACCUUUCACUGAUAGCUGAGUUAGAGUACAUGCUGACAGACACCCCGACCGAGGAGCUGACAGACAGACAGGUAGCAGCAUACAAGGAGACAAUCGAGGAGAUCCAGGAUGUGAUCCGGGGGAAGCUGGACAAAGCGGUGUUCCAUGUGCUGUGUGAUGCCAGCACCAUGCAGGACCCAGAGACAUAUAAUCUCCAGUUUGUUAUAAAGAAUCCAGAAAUACAGCUGUGCAUCUGGGGAAAUCUCAGCAAAAAUCCAAGGGUGAAGUCUUUCGAGUUCCAAGAUGUUGGUUUCACCUUUGACAUCCCACGUGUGCUAGCUCUGUCAGACUGUUCGUUCCAAGUUCGCAUGACAAAGUAUGACCAUUUCUCCAUGUACAGCAAGACCUUCAGUCCUCGCUUGAAGAAGAAAGAAGAAGUUGUUCCUGAACCAGUGGAGGAGAAGGAAGAAAAACCCGAGGAAGAGGAGGAAAAGAAGGAAGGCGAAGAGGGGGCAGAGGAGGAGGCAGAAGCAGACAGGGAAGACACAGAGGACCUUAUGGCACAGCUGAGGAAGAUGGAUGGUGGGGAGGAGGAGGAGGAAGAAGAUACAGAGAAGAAGGAGGAGGUUGAAGAAGAGGAAGAGGACUUUGAAGAUCCUCCAACACCAGAACCCCCUGAGUGGGAAGACUUCGAGGAAGAUGAUGAUGUUGUUGACCUGAGGGCCUACAACGUCCUAGGCGGAGUUUUCACGUUUGACCUCAUGGCUCUUCCUCCACAGCCCAAACCCGUCAACCAGUGGACUUUAACUAGAUUGGUGAACCCCCCACAGAUCGAGCUGAUGGAUUAUGUGGCUGAACUGCCUGCACCUGCUGCUGCCAGUGCCCAGACGAAGGACCAGAAGGACACACAGACACAGGAGAAGGACAAGCGAGAUGAGAAGCCUCCUAUAGGUGUCACUAUCAAGUUGCCAUCUGAUGUGAUGUUCCAGGAGGAACCCCAGGUAGUUCGGUGGGAUGAAGACAAGAGACACUGGCGGCUGGACGGAUUCUCAGACAUUGUCUACAAUGACGAGAACCGGACAUUUGGUUUCAAGAUGUACAAGUUUGGCAUCAUGGCACUGAUACAGGAGACACACAUCAACAUGCCAUUCCAGUCUUGGGAGCUCCGCCCCCGGGCGGUCAACAAGGCGGUUCUGUCCAUCAUUGCAGCCAUUGUGGAGCUGGACAUUGAGAUAGAGAAUUCAAUGUGUUGUCUGAGCACCUCUUUUGAAGAUCCUGCGCUGAGGCAUCUCAAGGGGCAGAUGAUGACUCCAGCAGACUUAAUUCAAAGUUUAAGGAAAGCUGGUGUGAAUGUCUUCCCGUCUGAGGACUCCUCCAAGUAUGUCAGCAUCCAGAACAAGCAUCAAGUGUUGGAGUCACGGACAUAUGAACAGAUGGCUCUUACUGCAUCAGCCAUGACGUACUCCUGGUCCAAGUGGAACCAGGACAAGGAGACAGACCAGAUCAUCUUCCAAGGCUCGGAACAUCUCAGCGAUGAGCGGUUGUUGGAGGAGGACUGGACCCUGUUCCAGGCAGGCAAGAGACAGGUGAAGCAACUCACCAUGACAGAGUUUGAUGAGGUGUUCACUGAGGAGUCAAAACAUCCAGGGACAUUCAAGUCCAAUCUGUACCAUCUGAUUGUGGACACAGGGUCCGAGGAGGCCAAGGACAGGAUCUAUAACUCCAGCUAUGAGUUUGUGGAUUGUGUUCAACAGUUACUGGAGGCAACAAAAGUACUCACCUACUCUUAAACAGCAGUGCUCAGGACACUCAGGCUAACAACCAAAUUGAUCACAGCAUGAAAAUCUCCACCUUCUAAACACUGUCCAUGUCAGAGAACUCAAAAUAUUCUUUGAUGCAUCAAACAGUGUGAACUUGUUGCUUCACACAAUGAAGGCCUGUCCAUCUGAUGCAUGUAUGUUUCUUUAAUAUGUUCAGUGGGACUUGUUUAUCACAUGCUGAAACUGAAAAGAAUGUAUCAGUCAUGGGUGACUUUUCACUUCCAUAAUAAUACAGAAAUACAUUUCAUAAAGUAUUUAUGUGUACAUAACAUGUUUUAUUGUAUAAAGUUGACAUUAUCUUGA